GAAAGCGGGAAAGCCUCUGAAGCAACCACCCACAGUUCACUGCGGCCUCGCGAGCCGUGUCAGCCACACAUACCGUGUGUCGCGUCGUUCAAUCGCUCGCUCAGAAUACAUCUUCGUUCUCUCUGGGCACACUCAAGUCUUCUCGAUGAAUUUGCAGUGAUAAAUGCCGAGUGAUAAAUUAAGGUGUCGACUCAAGGAUGUAUAACCCACUGCUGGAGAGAUCAAUGAUGAUGGUCUAAUUUCAAUCUACUGUUCCGGGAUAUCAUGAUAAGGAAGAAAUGUAAUAAUGAAGAAAUAAUAACGAAUCGAUUAACGUCAAACGCAUAAUAACGGAACUGACGUAUAAUAACGGAAGAUGUCUUCGUUUCCCGGAAUCUCGAUUAAUCAGUGUGAAAGACAUUGUGACAUUAUUUCUGUGUGCGAGUGGAAUUAUCAUGAAACCAAAAUACUGUAAAUUGAUUUUCUCUCGUGGGCAAGACGCGCUGGAAAUAGCUAGAUUGAAAAACGAGAAUCAGCUGAGAGGAUUUUAAGAUUAUUAUUGCGUGAGGACACUGCAAAAUCUACGAAAAAUGCAUCACUCGAAAAUAUCGUUUCAUCGUUAGUUCGAAAUUUUCCCGGAACAAGAUUUUAACAUUGCAACUGCAUAAAAUAUCAUUAAAAUUACGAAAAAAAAUAAAAAAACUAUUUAUAGACUAUUUAAUUGCUGUUGCGAUUAAUCGUGACUGAACGGACAAUCAUCAAAAUAGCUCAAAAGAAUUCAAUACGAAGCACUUUUCUAGAAGCUCGAGUGUAAUCGAGUACUCAAGUAUUCAAAUAUCAAUCCAAGUAAUUCAACAGAGCUCAUAAACGCACAUUUUCCGAAAAUGCGUUCCUAUUUAAUUUCUUCAGGAAGGCCUUUUUAAAUGGAAACUCACAAAAUAUUUCGAGGAAGUCAUUUUGAAUAGUGCAAUUGAAAAAUUUCGAAAUUUACGACACCGCUCAGGCAAAAUCGUAAUCUGACUUUGUAAAUGGACCGAUUACACGUCGUCCUCAUCCGUCAUGUGAAAGAAAAUACGAGAAAAGACGAAGAAGAAGCCGUCGAACGACGGUAGCCAAUCGAGUUAAGUGAGAAAAAGGACAACUUGUCAAAAUGAGUUUUAACGAGACGGAAGAAGACUUGGAUAAUGCCACGAAUCUGCCGAGCAAACUCCUCCUCGAUACCGGCCAACGUAACACCAGCAAAAACUAUGAGGUCGAGUACGUCCUCCUAUUAACUUUCAAAGGUUUCAUUAUGGGCUUCAUUAUUCUCUGCGCGCUCUUUGGCAAUCUAUUGGUCAUUGUCUCCGUCAUGAGACACCGGAAGCUCCGAGUAAUCACCAAUUACUUCGUGGUCUCGUUGGCUUUGGCGGAUAUGUUGGUCGCGCUAUUCGCCAUGACGUUUAACGCGUCCGUGGAGCUUUUUGGACGAUGGUUAUUUGGAUACUUUAUGUGCGAUGUAUGGAACUCGCUGGAUGUCUUCUUCAGCACUGUCAGUAUUCUUCAUUUAUGCUGUAUCAGUGUCGACAGAUAUUACGCGAUCGUCCAACCGCUGGAUUAUCCGUUAAUCAUGACGAACAUGAGGCUAGGAACCAUGUUGAGCGCCGUGUGGUGUUCUCCAACUAUUAUGAGCUUCCUACCGAUCUUCGCGGGAUGGUAUACCACAAAGGAGCACCUGGAAUACAGGCGGGCCUAUCCAGAUGUUUGUGUAUUUCAAGUCAACAAGCUCUACGCCAUCAUUAGUUCUAGCAUCAGUUUCUGGGUACCGGGAAUUAUCAUGAUCGCGAUGUAUUACAGAAUUUAUAUAGAGGCCGAUCGUCAGGAGCGGAUGAUGUAUCGGAGCAAAGUCGCAGCCGCUCUAUUAAACAAACAUUUGCAGAUAAACGGUAUCUCAGCCGGUCUAACUUCUCUGCCGACCGUGGACCAAUCAUCACCUGAUCCACAACCGGAAGAGCCGCCGAUAACCAAUAGCACCAAUAUGAAGAGAGAACGGAAAGCAGCCAGAACGCUGGGUAUCAUUAUGUCGGCGUUCCUAGCUUGCUGGCUUCCCUUUUUCCUCUGGUACAUCAUUACGGCGCUAUGCGCUUCGUGCAAAAGCGGCGAUAUGGUGGUGGCGAUUGUGUUUUGGGUAGGCUACUUCAACAGCGCUCUUAAUCCGCUCAUCUACGCGUACUUCAACCGCGAGUUUCGCGCGGCCUUUCGCAAGACCCUCGAGAGUUGCUGCCGCGCGUUUGGCCCGGUUCACGACCUGCGCCAGGUACAUCGCAAACAGGACCUCGUGCACAGUAAUGCUUCAUCCGAGUUGCACGUCAACAAUCAGCUGCGCAACAGCGAGAUGACUAAUGUCCACAUCGAAGCGUGCAUUUAAACGAAUCGCGUGGAUCCGGCGAGGUGACGUAAAAGUAAAACGGACUUCUCGCGAGCACAAAAGAAAAUAAGUAGGACACUGGCAGGUAGGAUGGACGAAUUCGCAGGCUAUAUCAAGCCGAUCAAAAACAUUUAAUAAUGUUUAACAUUACAAUAACGUAAUCAUAUUUUUUCGUAUAAAAAUAUUUGAAAUUAAUGGAUUAAAGGGAGGAUUUAGCUCUUUUAUAAGAGGAAAUUUAAUGUGAAACGGAUUCAAUUUUUUCCCCACAAAUAAUAAGUAUCUUUCUUAUAUUGAUUACAAAACGACAAAUUUUUUGAUCAAUUUAAUAUUAGGAGGAUUUAAGGCUGUAUUCAUUAUUGUUACUGUAUCUUCGUUUUCCUUACGAUCUCCUCUGACUAUCUCAGAUAAAAUUCAGAAAAUCCAGGAAUA